AUGGCGGCUACGCUGGACAUCCGUAAGGCGCGCGAUGCAGAGGGGAGGGAGAUUACUCCAGAAGUAUCUUUUACUCCCAACUUCGUCAGCCAUGCUGAAGAAUUCACCUGUGCCAUCACACCGCGCUCUUCCGCAGCGAAGACACUUGUCGCGGAGACGUUGGCGAGGGUUCCGGAGUGA